AUGAAUAUUACUAAAAUUUUCGGUGUAGUCACCAUCAUCACCACCUUCUACUCCGUUCAUGCCAUGGCACAAAUCGGAGAAGCAAUGCGGUGCAUAGUAAGAUUGUUGCCGUGUCAACCGUACAUUCAUUCAGAGGCUCCUCCUCCGUGGUGUUGCUCACCGAUGAAAGAGAUCGCCGAGAAAGACGUGUCAUGUCUAUGCGCAGCCUUUAAUCACCCUGGCAUGCUUAGUUUCAUUAGCCUUACCAAAGAGAACGCUAUUAGUCUCCUUACGUCAUGUGGAGCUAAUCAUGAUUUCUCAUUUCUGAAUCUGCUGAAUCGCCAGGACCUACGACUAGCGGGAGCUCUUCCGAGGGCAGCAUCACGAGAAAUGCAGCCCUAG